AUGGAUUUAAUGUUGAGUAAUCUCAUCUUCGACUGCCCCGAACAGGUUAUAAAGCGUCAUACUGAGCAGCCCACAAAAUGUCAUAGCAAGAAUGAAGAAAUUCCUAUGCAAUUUAGUCAAGUGCAACAGACUAAAGCCGUUGUAGCUCGAAAACGUGGUAAUAUUGCAAAAGAAAUCAAGAGCUUAGCCGCUACAGUGGCUGACAAAACGCCUUCCAGACACAUCCAUCAACCCACAAAUCAAUCCUCAAGUGUCGAAGUCCACAAAGAUGUAGGUGUUGGGGAAAACAUAGAAGAUAUACGUUACAACAAAGCUAGCAUCGGAACUGCAGUUGUUAAACCAAUUGAGCUUCUAAAGAAAACACCUUCUAAAAUUGUACUCCCGCUAAUUCGACCAAUUGAAGAAAAGUUGUUCAGUAAUCAGUCGAUUGAAUCGCUUGAAAUUCAUCCACACUCUAAGAAAAACAUUGCUGAUUUGUUGCACUUUACACUGCUUACAAUGGUGCAAAACAAAGCAAUACCUGUGUUGCUCAAAGGAUGUGAUGCACUAAUUCGUGCUCAAACUGGUUCCGGAAAGACCCUCGCCUAUGCUUUGCCUCUAAUAGAAAGUUUACAUGUGAUUAGACCUCAAAUUAGCCGUUCCGAAGGUAUUAAGGCAGUAGUGAUUGUUCCAACGCGUGAGCUUGCUAUUCAAACGUACGAGUUGAUGCAAAAAUUACUUAAGCCAUUUAAUUGGAUUGUCGCUGGAUACUUAACUGGUGGUGAAAAACGUAAAACUGAGAAAGCAAGGCUUCGUGCAGGUUUGAAUAUUCUCAUCGCAACGCCUGGACGUUUCUGUGACCAUAUUCGUAAUACCCAAUCACUUAAACUCGCUAAUAUUCAGUGGCUGGUAUUAGACGAAGCAGACCGUUUGCUUGAAUUGGGGUACGAGAAAAAUGUAAAGGAAAUAAUUGACGCAAUUCAUGAUGGACAGAAAGACAAACAUGUAAAUCCACACAAUAAGUUACAAACUGUACUGCUAUCUGCUACCUUAACCUCAUCGGUAAAGGAGCUAGCCGGAUUGACAUUGAACGAUCCCGUAUUUAUUGAAACCAGUGAGGUCUCGUUAUCUGAAACUUCUUCUACCAAUGAUAAGACACGAUGCGAAGAUCAGCUGCUUAACGUUACAGAAUAUGUGUCUAUGCCUGGUACAGUGCAGCAAAGAUAUCUAAUUGUUCCUCCUAAAUUGCGUCUUGUAGCAUUAAGCGCAAUUAUUGUGAACGAACAACGAAUGAAGCCUUCAAAAUUACUUGUGUUCAUGGCAACACAGGAUCUGGUCGAUUUCCAUUAUGAUGUUAUGAUCGAAGUACUCACAUUGCAAAAAUUUGGAACAAACAAUACAAAUAAUUACGGUGAUAUUGAGAAGGGUCUAUGCAUUGAAGCUGAUAGUAAACAAGAUUCGGACAACAACGCCUUGCUGCCUGGAUUAAAGUUCUACAAGCUUCACGGUCGUAUGACACAGGUUGAACGAAGCUCAGUUUUUCAAGCAUUCCGGAAGGCAACUGCAGCGGUUCUAAUUUGUACUGAUGUGGCUGCACGUGGCAUCGACAUUCCUUUCGUUGAUCUAGUUGUACAGUAUCAUGCUCCCCAAAUACUAGCUGAUUAUGUACACCGCGUAGGACGAACAGCGCGUGCAGGUGAACCCGGCAAAGCGGUACUUUUUAUUGAACCAUCUGAAAUUGAUUUCAUAAAGUAUCUCGCAAACAAGCAUAUCAGAAUAAAAGAACAACCAGCUACAGGUGUUAUUCGCAAUUUUGGGAGCAUGCUGGAUAGAAAUAUAAAAUACAUCUCCAAAUUGAAAGAGCUUUGGGCAGUUGAGCUCCAACAUCGUUACGAGCAAAUUAUAAAUGAAGAAAACGAAUUGUUCACUGGUGCUAAAAAAGCCUUCGUUUCAUGGAUAAAGUAUUACUCUAACUUUCCGAAAGAGUUAAGGAAUAUAUUUCAUUUAAAAUCUAUCAAUAUGGGUCAUUACGCAAAAAGUCUGGGUCUACGUGACGCCCCAAAACAUUUCAUGCAAAAUUAUACCGAGCAGAAACUAGAAGGCAAAGUUUUUAAACGAGAGGAGCAAAUUCGACGUAACGCAAAGCAGCUUAGCUUUUCAAAAGAUAAAAAAGCUAUGUUAUCUGCCAGAAACAAGGACAAUUUAAAAUCCCUGAAACAUGGUCAUGGCAUCAGUAUCAAACGGACAACAGCGAUCAGCUCCAACAAAAUUUUAGAUUAUACCAAACGAUCACGCAUAUUUAAUACUUCAGAGUUCGAAAGUGGAAUUGGUCCUGCGCGCAAAAAAGUCAAAAGUAGUUUAAACUAA